AUGCCUGACUGGAGAAUUUAUCAUCCUACCGGGACCUUCACAGACCCCGAGCACAAAGAGAAACUGGCCGAUGCUAUUACCUCGAUGUAUACUCAAGUUGGGCUGCCGGCAUUCUAUGUGGUGGUCAUUUUCAUUGAGAUGCCUCCCGGCACUCUCUAUCGAGCUGGAGUAUCUUGCCACGCGAAAGGGGUGAAGCCUUUCGUCCGGCUUACAUUCAGUCAUAUCGCUAGGCACUUUCCUCCGGGCGAGAGCCCUGAGAGGACGGCAUUUAUGAAUCGGGUCCACAAAACUGUGAAACCGUAUCUUGCAGACAAAGGAUACAACUGGGAGGUCAACGGCGAGGAGCUUGAGCGCGAAUUUGUGCAUAUUAAUGGUCUCAGGAUUCCUCCUACAGGCUCGGAGGAUGAGCAGAGAUGGUUUCGCGACAACGAGCCGUCGCCUUGGGGGCCUUAUCUUACAGCCUAG